AUGUCUACCGAAGAUAAGCAGGUUUGUGAGGCAGUAGUUGAAAGGAAAGGGAUAGGACAGGAAGACAGAGAGGAUUCGGGAAUCAGUGAUUAUGGAGUGUCAUUAGAUAGCCCAUUAGCACAUUCAACUAGUUAUCCCAAGACACCAGGACAAACGAUGAGAAAUAAGUCAGUUUCAGAGGAUGCAGAUAAGUGGUCGAUGUUGGUAGACUUGAUAAAGGAGGCUAACGCAUCAUUAAGGAAAGAUUUACAAGAAACUAGGGAAGAGAGAAGAAUAUCCCGAGAAUCAUUAGAGAAAGGUCUCAGAGAAUCAUUAGAGAAAGGCUUACAAGAAGCUAGAGAAAGGGAAGAGAUAUUCCGCAAAUCAUUAAAGGAAGAUUUACAAGAAACUAUAGCACAAGAGAUCAAAACAUCGCAGAUGAAGAUGGAAUGUAAUCUGAAGAAGGAAAUGCAGGAGUUACAAGAACGACUGAAGAUGGACAUCGAUGAGAGAGAGAGGAAGCUACAGAAGAGCGUAGACCAAGUCCAGGGAGACGUGGAAAAGAUGGAAGAAAAGUUGACAAAAAAGAUAGAAGACGAUGUUGAAGAAACUAAAACCGAAUUGGGAGAAAGGAUCGCUGAGGUGAUGCAGAUGCAGAAACAAUGCAUUGAUGCAGUUAAGUCGGAUAGGAGAUAG